UCCCGGAGGCUGGGCCUGGACCUCGAGGCAGCUCCAGUAAGGGGAGGAGGAGGAUAAGGAGGAAGGGCGCGUCCUGGUCGGUAUCCGGGGGCGGAGUCGGGGUUCCCGGAGUACUGGGGCGCAGGAGACUCGGAGGUUCGGGCCCUCCAGGGGCCAAUGGUCCCGAUGGGGGAGGGUGGGAUCCCCCCAGCCUUCCAGCUGCUUCUGCGCGCCUGCGAUCAGGGCGACACGGAGACGGCGCGGCGACUGCUGGAGCCUGGGGCGACAGCGUCGGAGCCGGCGGAGAGGGGCAUCCCGGACGAGGACGGGGGCGCGGGGCAGGCGGCAGCGUUGCUAGGGCCGGUGCCCGUGGACUGCACGGACGAAGCCGGCAACACGGCGCUGCAGUUUGCGGCGGCUGGAGGCUACGAGCCGCUCGUGAGGUUCUUGCUGCGGAAGGGGGCCUCGGUCAACAGCCGCAACCACUACGGCUGGAGCCCGCUCAUGCAGGCGGCAAGAUUUGGACACAUAAAUGUGCUUCACAUUCUGCUGGAAAAUGGGGCAGACAUUAAUGCACAGAACAGACUUGGGGCAAGUGUGCUCACAAUGGCUUCCAGAGGUGGCCAUCUCAGCGCAGUUAAACUCUUACUGGAAACUGGAGCCUUCAUUGAUAAUUAUGACCAUUUUAAUCACAGUGGUCUGGAGGAUGGCAACAAAGAGGACCUGCCAGACAUAACUGCCCUGAUGAUUGCUGCCCAGCAUGGACAUGAGGCAGUGGUCCACCUCUUAGUGGAGUGGGGAGCUGAUGCCAAUUACAAUGUUAAUACUAUGGGUUGGAGUCCACUGAUGUUGGCAGCUCUUAAUGGGAGAGUGAGUGUGGCUCAGCAGCUGGUGGACAAAGGAGCUAACCCUGACCAUGUCAAUGUGCUGGAUAAAACCUCUUUUGAAAUUGCUCUUGAUUUUAAACAUAAAGACAUGAUAGACUAUUUGGAUUCUGUCACAACUGUUAGACCCAAAACAGAUGAAGAGAAAAGACGACCUGAUAUUUUUCAUGCUUUAAAAAUGGGAAACUUUCAGCUUGUUAAAGAAAUUAUAGAUGAAGAUCCCAACCAAGUAAAUAUCAUUAAUGGGGAUGGAGCCUCACCCCUGAUGCUAGCAGCUGUCACUGGACAGUUGUCUCUUGUUCAGCUUCUUGUUGAGAGAAAUGCAGAUGUUGAUAAGCAGGAUAACGUUCAUGGAUGGACAGCACUAAUGCAGGCCACCUACCAUGGGAAUAAGGAGGUUGUUAAAUAUUUGUUAAAUCAAGGAACUGACGUUACUCUUCGGGCAAAAAAUGGAUAUACAGCUUUUGAUCUAGUCAUGCUGCUGAAUGACCCUGAUACGGAACUUGUACGGUUGUUGGCAUCAGUCUGCAUGCAAGUAAAUAAAGACAAAAGCAAGUCAAACAGCCAGUCGUCUUUUCCUCAUUCCAGGAUUAGACAGUCCUUGAGUGUCCCAGUGUUGCCAGAUGACAAAGGUGGAUUGAAGUCAUGGUGGAAUAGAAUGUCCAAUAGAUUCCGAAAGCUCAAGUUGACCCAAACAUUACAUCGAGGGCUUUCCAGUAAUCACCCUAUUCCUUUCACGGAUGAAUCUGAGCCAUCCUUGGAUUCUACAAUGAAAGCAACCCCCCAAGAUGAGACAAGAAAUUCUGGAAUUCCUGACAUUGCUACACAAAGCAAGGAUAAUGGUCCUUCCAGUACAAGAACAGAAAAAGAAGAUACAUUAUUGACAAUGAUGUUAAGAAAUGGUGCUCCUUUUACCAGACUCCCAAAUGAUAAGCUGAAAGCAGUAAUACCUCCUUUUUUACCACCUUCAAAUUUUGAGUUAUGGAACUCAGAUCGAACUCGAGUAAAUAGAGAUGGUCAGACAGAACAAAUGAAGAUGACAUUGCCGCAAAGAUCUGUCAAAUAUCAUCCUGUUGGCAGUGGAAACUCAGAUAUUACAUCUGCCAGACCUGUUAAAUUUCCAACUGUUACAAGAAGUCCUACUUCUCCUACAAAUUCAGGAAAUUUCAACCAAUCACCCCACUCUUCUGGUGGGUCCAGUGGCAUAAGUGGAAUUAACCGACAUGGUGGAGAACUACAUAACAGAUCAGGUGGCAGCAUAGAUAGUGUUUUGUCCCAAAUUGCAGCACAAAGGAAAAAAGCCGCAGGAUUAUCUGAACAGAAAUCCAGCCAUCAGUAUAGUCCAGUCUGUACAGCUCCUGGGUCCACCCUGCCUGAUGUCCAGGGUUCUCCGAUUUCGGGCAACAUCCAUAGUGGAAAGAAAUUGGAGAUCAGCAAAAGACCUCUAUCUGGAACCUCAACUACCUCCAAAAGCACCUCGCCCACGCUUACCCCAUCCCCGUCCCCAAAGGGGCACAAUGCAGAAUCCUCAGUUUCCUCCUCCUCUUCUCAUAGGCAGUCUAAGGGGAGUGGCGGCUCUAGCAGCGGAACUAUUACUGAUGAUGAUGAACUGACUGGAAUCCUGAAAAAAUUAUCACUUGAGAAAUAUCAGCCAAUUUUUGAGGAGCAAGAGGUGGACAUGGAAGCAUUCCUUACACUUACUGAUGGUGACUUGAAAGAGCUGGGUAUUAAGACAGAUGGCUCCAGGCAACAGAUUUUGGCAGCUAUUUCUGAAUUGAAUGCAGGCAAGGGACGUGAGAGGCAAAUUUUACAGGAAACCAUUCACAACUUCCAUUCUUCUUUUGAGAGCAGUGCCAGCAAUACCAGGUCUCCUGGGAACUGUCAGUCUACCACAUGUUGGGUAAGGCCAGAAGAAACAGCCUCUAAUAAGAGGUAACAGCAGCAUUGAUAUCCCUAAUGCUUGGGAGAUUGGUUGUCAUUAUACGUUUUCCAGAUGUGGCCAAACUUUAUUCCUAAUGCUGCUAAAAUUCCAUGCAUUCAGCCAAGAGAAAACAGCAACUGCUAAACCAGCUAUUUAAAAAUACUCCUUUUUCAUUGCUGCAUUGAUAGGAAGAAUGGCAAGAAAAGCCCACUUGUGUGUUUCUUCUUAGAUCAAAAGAAAGGAGAACAUCUAACAAAGACAAAACUGGACAAGUAGAAGCCAAAUGAUAGAAGAUGGUGAAUGCAUGUAUAAAAAGUGUGCUUAUAAAUUAAAAUAACUUCUGAAACAUACUGCAUCGUUAAUAAUAAAAUUAAGCAGCCAUUAGUGACUAUUAAAUAUGCUUAAAGAUUUACUGGAAGUCUCAGCAGACAUACAGUAGGUUUUCACUGAAUGAACCGUGUAUAAACUGAAGUCAACAAUCAGUUAUUAAGCACUUAAGGCAGACAGUGGAAGAUUUCAGAAAUCUAAAAUAUUAUUCCUUUCCUCAGCCUACUAGAGGGGAGAUAAGACUAGCAUGCAUUAAAGGAGUGAAGAGUAUAAAGAGAGUAAAUGGGAGGCAGACUAGAGACAAGAGUUCCUGGGUUCAAAUCUGGCCUCAGACACUUCCCAGCUGUGUGACCCUGGGCAAAUCACUUGACCCCCAUUGCCUAGCCCUUACCACUCUUCUGUCUCGGAGCCAAUACACAGUAUUGACUCCAAGAUGGAAGGUAAGGGUUUAAAAAAAAAGAAUCAAUACUGUGUAUUGGUUCCAAGGCAGAAGAGUGGUAAGGGCUAGGCAAUGGGGGUCAAGUGACUUGCCCAGGGUCACACAGCUGGGAAGUGUCUGAGGCCAGAUUUGAACCUAGGAUCUCCCAUCUCUAGGCCUGACUCUCACUCUACUGAGCUGCCCCCUCACAGUAUUGAUUCUAAGACAGAAGGUAAGGGUGAGAGAGAGAGAGAGAGAGACAGAGAGAGACAGAGAGAGAGAGAGGAGAGGAGAGGAGUUAAGUAUAUGAAUAAAGGCUACAUUUGGUUGGGAUAGGGGGUAGACCUGUGAUUCAAUUUGUAUAGAGACUCCCAGGGGAGAAAACUCCUCUCAGUGCCUGUCAGCAUAAAGCAGAGAUGCCAAAUACUCUCAAGUGCCACUGGAACUAGAUCAAAAUAUAAUUGGGAAAUGUUUAAGAGAAUAAAUAAAAAUACAAUAGAACAUAAUGUUAGUAUGUGGUUUUCUAAGUGAUACUGGAACCAUAUUAAAAUAUAAUUGGAAAGUAUUUAACAAAAUAAAUAAAAAUGUAAUAGAACAUAAUGUUAAUAAUGUGGUUUUCUAUGACCUUCAGGGACCUUUAGAUCCAACCAUUUCUACUUGAGUUUGAUACCACUGGCCCUGAGUACUGUGUGGUUAUGUGUCUUGCUUAAGAUUACAUAGCCAGUAUGUGUAAAUAGCUGGUCUGCAACUUGCCACAGGGAUUCAAAGAAGGGGGGAAAUCGAUAAGGACUUAAUCUAACAGUCAAUAUACUUCUACCUCAAGUCCAUAGAGAGUAAGAAUUGUUCCAUUUUUUUUAAUUUUAAAGAGAAAUUAAGACUAUUGGAGAAUUUAAAGAAUAAAGAAGAGGUCUUCAUCAAAUAUGAUUCAAAGAUUUUAAGACUGGGUGCCUGGGGACAUGGUAAUGCUACAGAAAAACAAAAGUGGAAAAUGAACAAAAAAGCUUUUAUUAAAUGCUUACUGUGUGUAAAGCUCA